CAGCCCUCGCGGCCCCGGCCGGCGCCUGGGCGCAGAGCCAAGGGGGCGCCGGGCUGCGGGAGCCGCAACAGGAGCCCGGCGGGACUUGGGUAAAGACACGUGCGAAGGGAUCGGCUGCUGUGGCAAGAAUUCAAUCUGUCGCCCCUCCCCUUCCCCCCGACGGUGGCUUCCCUGACUCCAGUGUGUCUUUUCCGUGCACCGGUCAAUACCAGCAGGAAGGAAUGAAUGAAGAAACCUGUGGCUGGUCACGCGUUGAUCUGCAUCAGUCUUAAAGGGAGGAGAAAUGCAGGAAGUUCUGGGGGAAGACACUUUCCAAAGAAGGCAUUUGUAGCUGCCUAUUUCUCAAGGUUGCUGCAUUCUGUUGUGUAAAGGGAUUGAAAGGAACAUGCUGCUACACAAGCACUCUGCUGCUGAGACACAUAGCCAGGCUAGGCUAGAUGUGGAUUUCCAGUUUCCACCUGGGCUUGCGCGCCCACUGAUUCAUGAAAUGGGACUGUGAAAACGGACACUACCGAGGGCUUCUGCUCAGCCUUCACUCUGUAGAUGAUGGGUGACAACAGACCCUUGGAGGACCUCAGGCCCAUGGAAUUUCUCAACGUUCACCUGGAAGACAACCUACAGCCCUGCCCAGGGACACGUCCAAAUGAAAUACGUGACCAUCCAGGCCCUUCUGAGCCUUGCCAGGAACACACCUGGCCCUUUGACCCCCCGGAAUCCAGCAGGACUGAUGCUCAUCAUGGUAGCUCUGGUGUGGAGACCGCUCGCCUGGGAAGCUGCUCUUUCGAGGGGGAGACCAGGCAGACUCCAGCAUCGCUGUGCUCGGUGGGGGACAACUGCCCUUUGGGGAGUCCACAGCAGCAGAACCCGAGCUCAUCCACACAGGUGGUGUUCUGGGCUGGCAUCCUGCAGGCCCAGAUGUGCGUCCUGGACCUGGAGGAGGAGCUGGAGAAAACCGAGGGACUCAAGGCAGAACUGAGGUGCUGCAUCCCCCCACCCACCAAGGAUUUCCUUAGUGACGUGGGCCUGAGCCCCAGCCUGCCCAAGGAGGAGGAUGAGGACCCUGGAGAUGACAGCAGUGAGCCUGAGGAGGAAAAACAGGCCUGGCCGAGGGAGCAGAUGUCAGGCUCCUCCCCCGAGUGGGGUGCUGAGGAGGACAGCAUCUUCUUUGACAAUCCCCUCUUCCUGGAGAGCCCUGACUCAGACACCAGUACUGAAGGAGAAUGCUUUUCCUGGGGGUGCCCAGAUUCCCACCCAGAUAUGAAGCCUCAUAGCCCUCAAGCCCUGCAUUCUUCACUCCAAGAAGGCACAGGGCUCUCAGGAAGUGAGCUGGACUUGGGGAGCCACACUGCUGAUCAUAGGGAGUGUGUCACCCCUCCAUUCUCUGUGCCUUCCUAUAAGCUGCACCCCUGCUUGGCCUUAAGGUCCACUGAAGGGGCUCCUACAGUACCGCCUGAUCAGGAGGGUGAGACUUCUUCGGAAGAUGAUUGUAGCCCAGGCUCACCUAAGACGACCUCUGUGGAUCAUGACUUGACCCAGGAAUCAGAUAACUUUGGAUUGGACCUUAGUCCUGCCACCCUACAUCCUGUGCGGCCUUGGACACCCCAGAGCCUCUCGGACCUGGCUCCACCCAUACUUGAGGACCAUUCCAGGCCCCAGGAGCCUCUUAUCUCCCAGAAUGGAGGUGAGAAGGAUGCUGGCUGCUUCCAGGAGCCCAUGCUCUGCACCUUGGCCCCCUGGGGGAGCCAAGCCUCUUCAUUAGAGCCCAGCGGACCCAGCCCAGUGGCUUCCCAGGAGGGCAGUCCACAAAUCGAGCUCCACAGCCCCAAGUGGCCACAAGAUGCCUCAUUCCCUUUGCUCCUGGAGAAGGAUGAAUCGGACUUAAGCUCCCUGAAGAUAGAGGAGACAGAGGAAGCCCCAAACCUGAGGCAGGAGGCAGAAUGUGAAGAUGAUACAGCCAGGACUGAGGAAGCGUCAGCCGCCAGAUACCAUGGUCGCUUGACUUCUGCCGAAGGGCUUCCUAGGAGCCCCAUUGCCCAAGCUCAAUUUCCAGAGGAAGGCUGGAGGCCAUCGUCUAGAGACAAGUUGGCUAAUAACAACAGAAGUGACAAGGGGGCCUGGGACCUAGCCUUGCGUCUCUAUCACCUGGAUGGUUUCCGGAAGUCUGAGGUGGCCUCCCACCUACGCAAGAACAAUGACUUCAGCAGGGCUGUGGCUGAGGCAUACUUGUCCUUCUUCCAGUUCGAAGGCCAGAGCCUGGACCGAGCCCUGCGGGGGUUUCUCCAGGCCCUGGUGCUCAGUGGAGAGACUCAGGAACGGGAACGAAUUCUCUACCAGUUUUCCAAACGCUUCCAUUACUGCAAUCCUGGGGCCUUCCCCUCAGUAGAUUCUAUACACACCUUGACCUGCGCCAUCAUGCUUCUUAACACAGACCUACAUGGACAGAACAUUGGAAAGAGCAUGAGCUGCCAGGAAUUCAUCACCAACCUUCAUGGGCUGCAGGAUGGCAGGAACUUCCCCAAGGAGCUGCUGAAGGCCCUCUACUGGUCCAUCCGAAGUGAGAAGCUCGAGUGGGCUGUAGAUGAAGAGGAUGCAGCCAGUCCUGAGAAGGACCAGCCCUCUCCUUCAGCUGGCAAGAUAAGCAGCCCCUUCCUCCAGAUGGCUCAGGACCCCACAGUGCCCACCUAUAAGCAGGGCAUCCUGGCUCGGAAGAUGCAUCACGAUGCAGACGGCAAGAAGACGCCAUGGGGCAAGCGAGGCUGGAAGAUGUUUCACACCUUACUGAAAGGGAUGGUUCUCUACUUUCUGAAGGGAGAGGGCCCCUGGCUGGAUGGGCAGAGUUUGGUGGGACAUCUGGUGGAUGAGCCCGUAGGAGUGCACCACUCGCUAGCCAGCCCAGCCUCCCACUACACCAAGAAGCCACAUGUCUUCCAGCUUCGGACUGCAGAUUGGCGCCUCUACCUCUUCCAGGCACCCACUGCCAAGGAAAUGGCUUCCUGGAUUGCACGCAUCAACCUGGCAGCCGCCACACACUCAGCACCCCCCUUUCCAGCCGCAGUGGGCUCCCAGCGAAGAUUCGUGAGGCCCAUCCUGCCCAUGAACCCGGCCCAGAGCUCCCUGGAGGAGCAGCAUCGAUCCCACGAGAACUGCCUAGAUGCUGCAUCCGAUGACCUGUUGGAUUUGCAGAGAAACCUGCCUGAAAGACGGGGCCGCAGCCGCGAGCUGGAGGAAUACCGCUUGCGGAAGGAGUUUCUGGAGCACGAGAAAACUCGGUACGAGACAUACGUGCAGCUGCUGGUGUCCCGCCUACGCUCUCCUCUGGGGGACCUGGCCCUGUGGGAAGACCAGCUUGGGAGGGAAGCCGAAGGCACUCCAGAGCCGAAGCCCAGCCUGAAGAAGUCCCACUCAAGCCCAUCCCUGCACCAGGAUGAAGCCCCCACCACAGCCAAGGUGAAACGCAACAUCUCUGAGCGCAGAACCUACCGGAAGAUCAUCCCCAAGAGAAACCGAAAUCAGCUGUGAAGCCAUCGCGGCCUCACAGACACUGACCCCUCCCUGCUCUUGGGUAGAUCUGAGAUGAAACCGUACAUUUCCAGGACCGUGGUGAGGGACGAGGCAUCGUCCCUUCUGAGACGAAGGAUGGGGCUCAUUUCCCCGCAUCCUCCAUUCUCUGGCUCUCUAGAACUUUCUCAAUCCUGCCGUACUUGCUCACCGUCCACAAUGGCAGCUCCUCUGUCACCCUAUCCCUGACCGUUCUUGGUUCCACUUGCAGAAUUUGUCCCGUAUAGGCUCCAUCCCCUAAAACAGAGCAGUUUCAUUUCCCGGGCACAUGUGAGCCUGGUUUCCAGGAGAUAGCUUGAGGCGGUCUAGCCAGGACAGCCACAUCACUGGGAACAGUUUUGUUUUUUGGAAUAAGGUGACCUAGCAGGGGAGGGUCCCAGGAGAAUAGGGUGGGGCAUCUUGGGAAUUCCUAGCCAGCAUCUUGUGACCUAAGAAGCAGCGAUAUCCCAGCACUGCCCACUAGAGGGCAGCCUUCGAGUAGAGGCCAUGGCAGGUUAAAGGCUCAGGGUGCCUGUGGGGCUUCGAGCUUCGAGCAUCUAACAUGGCACGGGCCCGCUUUAUCCUCCAAUCAGCUAUUGCCUCCAGGGCAGAUGUGAAGGCUGCAUGCCCAAUUGUGAAUCAGCAGAGCAGAGCUUGUGGUCUGUACCAGGCCACUCAGUAGGAGCAAGGGUGGAGGCCUCUAGAGCUCUGUGGAGAACUCUCGGAACAAGGAGUCUGUUUCCUGAGUGCAGUGAGGGUGACUCUUCAAGUGUAGACCACUGUGGAGGGUGAGGGGCUGGGGGGUGGUGACAGUCCCCCCUUGGGAGUCUGCCUGGUGGUAGAGGUGGAGAUUGGAGACCUGGGUUCUCAGCCUUCCACAGCCCCACCCCACCCUCGAUGCCCCUCAAGGCUGCAUUCCCGAGGCUGCCAGGACCUCUUUCUCAUUCCCAGGGCAGCUCCCAGGAAUUUGCUGCCUUGCCUUGGGAAAUCCCCUUGUACUUGGUUUUGGCUCCUUCCCAGGUGUGCCUGUUCUCCAUAGGAGGUUCUGGAGACUCGGGACACAGGGCCAUGCCUGUGGGGGAGGAGACUGGGCUCAGGGAGCCGCCACCAUUGUCUCUGUUUGACCAUGCGUGCAAAGAGGUUUCUGGCCAACGGGGGCCUCUGCUGCCCACCCUCCGACCGACACGUCGCCUCUCCUGCCUUCCUGCUGGGCCACACAUCCUCCCUUCCCAUAAUGCUUGUAAUAACUCUAAGGGCUUGGAGCUCCACAAAGUGGAGCUGGUCCUUAGGGCCAUGGCAGGGGAGUCUCUGGCCCAUGCACCCAAUGGGUGUGCAAUAAAUAGAGCCUACCAAAGGA